AUCUCUUUGCAUGCGUUGACCUUGCCACAUGUGCUCGCAGCCUGGUAAUUGUUCCUUUGAUUGCUGCGGCAUUGGGUCAAGCGUGAAAAUAGGCUGAUCAGUGCGUUGUGGAAAUUACUAUAAAAUGGUUGCUACAAUUUGUAAGUUCAUCAGUUCAGCUUCAACUGUGCUUGAAUUACAAAGUUGCAUAAUUUAACAAGAAAAUCCAAUAUUCUUAACAUCAACGAAAUGGCAUUCAAAGUAAACUACUGUUGCUUCAUCGCCCUCACUAUUGUGGCAGUCUUCGCAAAUGCGGCCGAGGAAAAGGGCGAUGGCUAUGACGCCUACCCCAGCUAUAGCUUUAAUUAUAAUGUGCAAGACGCCGUUACUGGUGACGUUAAGUCACAAUCGGAGCAACGCGAUGGUGAUGUGGUCAGGGGACAAUACUCGCUGCAAGAGGCUGAUGGCUAUCAACGCAUUGUUGAAUACACCGCCGAUGCUGUGAAUGGUUUCAAGGCUACUGUGCGCCGCGAACUGUUGAGCGAGCCUCUCAAACUCUUGACUCCUGCCACUGCAGCACCACAGAUUUUGCAACAGCCGAAAAUAGUUGAUGCUCAGGAGCAACCCGAAACUCCUGCUAGCCCAGUCAGCCUACCAGCACCAAUUGCACCAAAGUACGAACAGUUGACACAGAAGUCUUAUGUGACACCGGUUGUCGCACCCACAUAUUAUCGCGCAUAUGCUGCUCCCACUUUGCUUCAUCACGCUCCAGCCACCCAUGCAGUCAUCCACCAUGCCCCGGCUGCCGCUGUUCAUUUGUCGCCAGCCACUCAUUACGUUCAUGCCGCGCCCGCAGCCACCACAUUACUGAAGACAUCGCCAGCUGUCAUUACUCAUCACGCCAUUCAUACGGAGGCCCAUCCAGCAGUGGUCAAGACUUCUUUUACAGCUCCACAUGUUUCAUAUGUUUACUAAAAAAUUGUAUUUGAUUGGAUAUAAUGAACUCAAAUAAACGAAAAUUAUUAAAAA